AAGAAAAAAGGCGAGGGCGCUCCCUGUCUCGGAAGUUGAGCUCGCUCACAUUUUCACGCGCAAGUUUCUUCCAGCACGGCAGCUCUGCAGUUAUCGGGAUCAAGGUCAAUUGAAACACGUUGGGUUUUGUCUGGAAUCCACCUGGAAAACCAAGCUUGACUUCUACCUAUACACACAAUAUGAAUGCACAGAGAUUUGUUUUGUGUUUGUGUUGGGUGCUGCUGUGCACUCACACAUGCCUUAGCCAGAAGGACUGCACAGCUGUGGACUGCCCACUUCUGCAGAACUGCAUUGAAACCGUCCUAGAUGCAGAUGCCUGCUGUCCCACCUGUAGACAAAGAGGCUGUUCCUGUGAAGGUUACCAGUACUACGACUGCGUCCAAGCGGGCUUCCGCAAAGGGAAAGUCCCAGAAGGGGAAUCUUACUUGGUGGAUUUCGGAAGCACCGAAUGUGCUUGUCCUCAGGGAGGAGGGGCGAUAAGUUGCCAUUUUAUGGAGUGCCCCGAAAUUUCCCCUAACUGCAUUGAUAUUUUACAACCUGCAGAUGGAUGCCCGCAGUGUAAUCAAAUUGGUUGUACCCAUGGCAAUAAGAAGUUUGAAGCAGGACACACCUUUCAGAUAGACCAGUGUCAGGUUUGCCACUGUCCAGAUGAGGGGGGCAAGCUCAUGUGCUCGCAUGUUCCUGGUUGUGACCUCCAAAGUGUUAAUAAGCCCACACAGGUUGCAACCCCCGAGAACAGCAAAGCCUUGAAAGACCCUUACAGCCGUGCCUCUGGAACCAAGUUAGUGCUGGGAAAAACUCUCCCACUGUAUAAGCCAGAUCCACCCAGUUUUGGCACCGAAGACUAUGACGACUCACAGACUGAGCCGACAUCUUCCCCGAGCCAAAAUCUGGCGCAACCAACGACAGUUCCACUCGCUUACCCUGCAUCGAGCUCCACCUCAAAUGAUGACACAAGUGGCGUUCUGAGGGAUCCACAAAAAAUAUUGGACCCGGAAAAAAGCGUUGAGGAGGUUGUCACGCGGACCCAGCAUCCAACCAUCACGACGACUCUCAAAUCAACAUCAGCGACAACACAGAAAGUGAGAUCACAGCAAGAAAGUGAAGGAAACACCACUACAAGACCGGUGGCAAACAACACGGAUCAGAGGCAUUUUAGCCUCCACAAAGAGAGUCAAGUUAGCCUUGUCAGGAAUGAUGACAUAGUGCGUUCUGGCAGCCUUAAUGAACAAGAACGAGCCUCAAUGGAGCACGGGCAAAGUCCUGAUGAGGAGGAUCGGGGCUUGCAGACCACGUUCCAGCUCCAGCCCACCAGAAUGACUCCUGUCAGGAUGAGGGAGGAUGGAGAGCAGCCCCAAAGACAAACUCAAAACCUCUCCAACUACCAACAUCAGCAUGUAAACAGAGAGAUAGAAGUGUCGGUGGUGGAGCUGGUGGAAGCCUGCUGUGAGACGGGGGCAAAAUGGGCUUCAGUUAAUGGUCACUGCAACAACAUGGAUCCACCCACUCAAGACAGACAGUCCAUAUGCUGGACGUCUCAGCAACAGUGCUGCCUCGGCUCCCUGAGAGAAAGCCGAUGUCUGGCUGGAAUCAGUGCAGCCAGAGACGGAGAUAUGUGUGUAGAGGAUGCCAGUGAUACAUGUGGGCUCUCUUCCUACAAGGAAUGCUGUGACUGCUGCUCUCUUGGGAUGAAGUUCCACAGUGAGGGUCAUGAGUGUAAAGCCCACCGACACAUGGGCCUCCCCUGCAGACACGUUUUCUUCUUAUGCUGUGAGGGUGGGGUGGAGACACGGGAGCAAGGUCAUGGCAUCUGGCAUGCUGUCAAAGAGAAGCCCGCUCUCGGUGCCACUUCACCACCGAAAAAAGUGUCCGACAGCCUUUAUGCGAAUGAGGCCUUCUCUAUUGGAGAAGAGAGACACGGGGAGAAUGUGGUGGAGGGGCCGAUUGAGGUGGAGGACAUGGACGAGUGCCUGAUCUAUGAGAGCAACAUCUGCCACCACAGAUGUGUAAACACAGCAGGCUCUUUCCGCUGCGAGUGCUUCCCAGGAUACGUGCUGCAAGAGGAUGCCAUCAGUUGUGCCCAAGAGACAGUGGAUGAGGAGAACACACUGAAGGAGGAUGACAGGCAGGGGGUGGAGCCCACCACCUCUUUUACGCCACCCACCCAGCCUUUGGUGACACUCAACCCCUGUGAAGGAAACAGUCCUUGUGACCAACACUGCACCCCGGAGGGCGGAAGGCCACGCUGCUCUUGUUUUCCAGGCUUCUCCCUCAUGGGUGAUGAACAAUCAUGUGAAGAUAUUAAUGAGUGUACGUCAGCGCAUGCCUGCCAGUUGAAUGAACGCUGCAUCAAUACCGCAGGGAGCUAUGUCUGCCAAAGACUUAUCGCCUGUCCGCCGGGAUACCAAAUCAACGGAGACAUUUGUAAAGAUAUUAACGAGUGCAUGGAAGGGAGUCAUGACUGCAUGCCCGAAUAUGAGUGUGUAAAUACUGAAGGUUCAUUCAGAUGCAACCUCAAACCUCGUUGCGCUGUUGGAUUUGAACGGGACGCACAAGGCAACUGUAUAGAUACUGAUGAGUGUCGCAGUGAGCCAUGUAGCUCCAGCUUGAGCUGCAUCAACACCGUGGGCUCCUACGUGUGUCAGAGGAAGAUGAUAUGCAGCCGUGGCUAUCACACCAGUUCUGAUGGAAACAGUUGUGUUGACGUGGAUGAGUGUCGGAGCGGCGCCCAUCGAUGCGGAGAGGGCCAGCUGUGCCACAACCUUGCUGGGUCCUAUCGUUGCGAAUGUCAGACUGGCUAUCAGUACGAUUCCUUCAGACGCAUGUGUGUUGAUGUAAACGAGUGUUGGCACUACCUUGGCCGUCUGUGUGCCCAGACCUGCGAGAACACUCCAGGCUCCUAUCAGUGCUCGUGCACUACCGGCUUCCGCUUAUCCAGCGAUGGCAAUAACUGUGAAGAUGUGAACGAGUGUUUGUCGAGCCCGUGCACUCAGGAGUGUGCCAACAUUUAUGGCUCUUACCAAUGCUACUGCAGACAGGGCUACUACCUGCGAGAGGACGGGCAUAGCUGCGAAGAUAUCGAUGAGUGUUCCCAAAGUAUCGGCCAUCUGUGCACUUAUCAGUGUGUGAAUGUUGCGGGCAGCUACCAGUGCGCGUGCCCGGAAUCUGGAUACACUGUGUCACCAAAUGGCCGCUCGUGCAGAGAUAUUGAUGAGUGCACCACAGGGGCUCAUAACUGCUCUCUAGCCGAAACCUGCUACAACAUCCAAGGGGGAUUCCGGUGCCUUUCUCUCAGCUGCCCGCCAAACUACCGCAAAAUGUCCGACACGCGCUGUGAGCGGAUCAGCUGUCCCAACUACCUGGAGUGCCAAAAAUCGCCCCUGAGAAUCACCUACUACUACCUCAGUUUCCAGUCCAACAUCAUCACCCCCGCUCAGAUCUUCCGCAUCGGACCGUCGCCCGCCUACUCGGGAGACAACGUCAUUGUGAGCAUCACGGAGGGAAACGAGGAAAACUACUUCAGCACCCGCAAGCUCAAUGCCUACACGGGCGCCGUCUACUUACACAGACAGGUUGAGGGUCCGAGGGACUUCCUGAUUAAUGUGGAGAUGAAACUUUGGAGACAGGGCACCUUCACCACCUUCCACGCCAGGAUUUACGUCUUCAUUACGGCCAACUCACUGUAACAGUGGGAGAGUCUCCGCAGGCCAACGACGACCUGAAGAUACAUCAGUGUCAUUUCAGAAACAAGCCCCUAUCUGUGAAUAGUGUUCCUUGCAUCCAAUCAAAAAGGACACAACGUCACUGAAUAUCACAAUAACUGAAAGAUUUAGCUACCAAAGGCAAAGUAAUACUUACUAUUACGUCAUUAAGUUUCCUACUCAAGACUGUUCACCACCUAUUGUCGUAAAAAUAAUAUCUUUGCAUUUAAAGAAUUAAACAUUUUCCGGUGCUUUAAUUAUCCAACCAUCCAUUAUCCAAACUGCUUCUCCUCUUAUCUUCCAACUAAAAUCUCUUGAUUUACUUGAAUGAAUGCCACACAUACUGUGGCAUCAAUUAAUCAAAUACAGCAAUUGUCAUAUUUGAUAAAUAUGAGGUGCAGCGUCGAUUAGAUUUUUUUUUUUUUAAUUCACUCAAUUUUAUUCCAUCAAGUGGUUGCACGAAAUAAAGUCAUCUGGAUUCAAAUGACUUUUUUCAGCACCAUUUUUAUCAGUGUAAAAUAUUUCCAUGCCUCAAUGAACACCUACGACUAUUCUUUCAUGCUGCACUGCUGCCUCUAAUUUGCUUUUGAAGUAUUUUUCGAAAUCCCACAGUGUUUUUUUUUGUAUCCCUGUAUUAUAUAUUCCGUUGUAUGUAUAAGAAUGGAUGUAUCAUAAUUUUAUACCAAAUACAUAAGCUGCCAAGUAGUCAAGUCAACACCAAUGUAGAUGGUUGAGUUCUGAUGAAAUAUAUUUAUUAUGGUGAAGUAUUUGUG